AUGUACAGAGUUUUUCCUACCAGUUUGACAGGAGUAGUACUAGAGUGGUUCAGGAAUAGACCGCAUAAAUCCAUCCCGGAUUACGUAACUCUAUGCACCAUGUUCCUGGCACAGUAUUGCGGAAAUAAAAAGCAAAAGAAAAGCAUUGCCAGCCUCUUCACCGUAAGGCAGAAAAGGGGGGAAACAUUGCAGGAUUUCUUAUCAAAAUUCAACAUGGAUGCAUCAGAAAUAGCGGAUUGUCAUCCCGUAACUGCUAUAGAGACAUUUAAACUUGCAAUGAUUCAGGGGACGAAGUUCCACACCUCCCUAGUCAAGUAUUCUCCUCCCGACAUGCAGACUCUAAAUGCCAGAGCCCAGAUCUACAUUUGGCUUAAGGAAAAUAUAGCCCACCGAGCACAGCACGCUACCCUCGUGACAGUGGAAAACAAGCCUCGAGAAAGAAUCCCAACUCCAAAGAUUCAAAAAAGCCAACGUUCCUCAACGCCAGUCACCCAAGCCCCUGAAAAAAGGCAAAGGCCAAUAAAGCAACCCGUGGAGCAAAGGGACAAAAGCAAGCAUUGCGCUCAUCAUCGAGAUUAUGGGCAUUCAACAAACGAUUACCGAUCCCUCAGGCGACAGGUGGAGAAUAUGAUCGCCAGAGGUGAGUUGACGAAUUACCUCAUGACAAAGGAGAAUGCAAAGCCCCCCGAGGUCUAUCCCUGCAAGGUAGAAGGUACGCAAGUAAAAGUCAUCCAUGCAAUAUAUGGCAGGUCUAAAGAUGAUCAAGAGUCCGAGGAGGUGUACAGGUCCAGAUUGAGGGCGACCCACAAGCUCAAGAAGAUAUCAUAG